AUGAAGCUCUACCAGAUAUUCAUGCUUGUUGCGGCUACCUUCCCCAUUGCUCUAGCUGCCGACUACGCAACACCCAGCGCCUGCACCAAGACCAUCGCACCAACAUCAUUCACCUGCUGCGGGACUAUCGCGGCACACACAACAACAACAUAUACGAACUGCCAUGGCUGUGCCCUCGAGUAUGAGCCUACACCACAAUGCAGGUGCAUAUCGAAUCCGGUGACGGACUGGGAACUCACGACCACCGAGACUGCUUGUGCCGCCACAUCAACGGCAAAGUGCAAGACCACCGCAACUUAUACUGCCAAUGGCUGCGGCGAUUGUGGACACAUUUAUGCAACCACAAAAACGAGCCGUGUGGACUGCAAGGGAUGCGCUCUGGCUGCGACUACGACGACGGGACCUGGGAUCUGCAUGUGUCCUACAGCGACGGAGACGACGGUGAAAGCGUGCAAGGCGAGCCCCAAGCCGACGAUAUUCUGA